AUGGAUUGUUCGAGUGCAAGCUCUGCUGCUGAGAUUUCCUCGGCUCUGACGAAGGCCUCAUGGCCCUCCACUCAACUCUGGCGAUUCCUCACUAAACACAAUACGGAAGUAGUGGAACUCCGGGAAGGAUUCUUUGGGGUUCUUUCCUUCCAGCAGAUAACGAUAGACAACACUGCAGUCAAGGAGGUCCACCCCUCAGCCAUGCUCCCUUUAAAACACUUCCACACAGAUCUUGGUAUUUACAAUAGUCUUCUGAAGAACUUUCCAUUUCAUAUUCUUCAUGAAUUCCAACACCUGAAAGAACUCUGGCUGUACAACAAUUUGUUGACCUCUGUGCCGGCCUUCAAAAGCGACAGCCUAGAAAUACUCAAUCUUAGAGACAAUGAGAUCACGAGUGUGGAGUUCGACGGAUGGGCGACUCCCAAAUUGAGAGAACUCUAUCUCCACAACAAUUUGUUGACCUCUGUGCGAUUCCUCAUUGAAGACAAUACAGAAGUAGUGGAGCUCCCGGAAGGAUUCUUUGGGGUUCUUUCCUUCCAGCAGAUAAGGAUAAACAACACUGCAGUCAAGAAGGUCCACUCGUCAGCCAUGCUCCCUUUAAAACACUUCAACGCAGAUCUUGGUAUUUACAAUAGUCUUCUGAAGAGCUUUCCAUUUCAUAUUCUUCAUGUAUUCCAACACCUGAAACAACUCUGGCUGCACAAGAAUUUGUUGACCUCUGUGCCGGCCUUCAAAAGCGACAGCCUAGAAAUACUCAGUCUUAGAGACAAUAAGAUCACGAGUGUGGAGUUCGACGGAUGGGCGACUCCCAAAUUGAGAGAACUCUAUCUAGAGAACAAUUUGUUGACCUCUGUGCCGGCCUUCAAAAGCGACAGCCUAGAAAUACUUCGCCUUGAUAACAAUACGAUCACGAGUGUGGAGUUCGACGGAUGGGCGACUCCCAAAUUGAGAGAACUCUGGCUGUACAACAAUUUGUUGACCUCUGUGCCGGCCUUCAAAAGCAACAGCCUAGAAAUACUCAGUCUUAGAGACAAUACGAUCACGAGUGUGGAGUUCGACGGAUGGGCGAAUCCCAAAUUGAGAGAACUCUAUCUAGAGAACAAUUUGUUGACCUCUGUGCCGGCCUUCAAAAUCGACGGCCUAGAAAUACUUCGCCUUGAUAACAAUACGAUCACGAGUGUGGAGUUCGACGGAUGGGCGAUUGUACAACAAUUUGUUGACCUCUGUGCCGGCCUUCAAAAGCGACAGCCUAGAAAUACUCAGUCUUAG